UUGUUUUUUUUGUUGUUGUUGUUCUGCCGCCGUCGCCGCCGCUGCCGCUGCCGCCGUCCCGCCCCCUCUGCCGCCCCGCCCCCUUUUCGUCUGUCUGUCUGCGUGAGCGUGUGUUGGUGUGUUGUGUCUGUGUCGCGCAUGUGACCGCCUCAGCUGCCGAAACUUCAAAACAAAUAUUGGAAAAUUGCGAAUGAAAAAAGGUGUGCUCGUGGGCCGAAGGAACCGAAUGCAAAUUGAAAACUAAAGUUCGAGGAAACCAGAAACCAAAACAAGGGCCGAACCCGUGUCCGUGUGAGGACCACGUGGGUCUGUGUGUGUGUGUGUGGGUGCGGGGACACCACUACAGCAGCAGGCGAAAUACUUUUUGUGCCAAGGACUUUCUCUAUCUGCGCGGAAUAAGGAACAGAUGGAGGAGGAAGCGCAGGAUUGAAACGAUGUGAAGCAAAAGGACAACAAGGACAACAAGGAGCAAAGCAAAGGCAAAACCGGGAGGAGGCCACCAAAAAAUAAAAACACACACAUUUGAAGAAUUUUAAUCGAAAACUGCCAAGAAACAAAUAUAUUUACAAAUACAUUUAUAUACUUAGUAAACGAAAACGUACAUUUCUACAUUAAUAUAUAUAUAUAUAAAUAUAUAUAUGUAUAUAUAGAGAAAUAUGUUAUAUUUACUAUGAAAUCGAGGGGCAUGGAAGCAAUACCCAGAAUAAUAAUCGAUGUAAAUAAAUGCUGCCAAUUCGAUGACACUGCGAAUUAAAACCGCAACUGAGAUGCAUAAAACGCACAACAACAAUAAGAGAAAUCCACAACACAUGAAGAAAAAGUUCACUUUUCCCGCGACAGCCGCGCCUGCGCCUUGAAAUAUCAAAUAGGAACGACUAGAGCCGCCAGAAGAGGAUUACAUAUAUAUAUAUAUCUGGGUAUAUAUAUAUAUAGGGCAGAUCCAGCAACGCACCACCGCAGCACAGGCCAAAAAAGCGUGCAGAGGGAAAUGAGAUGAAGUGGUUUCAAGUGACCAUAGAUAUGAUUCUUGUGCUUUCAUUUAUAUCAAGCAGCACAGCGAAUCCGGAUGCGAAGCGAUUGUACGACGAUUUGCUGAGCAACUACAACAAACUGGUCCGCCCGGUGGUCAAUGUGACGGACGCCCUCACCGUGCGCAUCAAGCUGAAGCUGUCGCAACUGAUCGAUGUCAACCUGAAGAACCAGAUCAUGACCACCAACCUGUGGGUGGAGCAGUCCUGGUACGACUACAAGCUCAAGUGGGAGCCCAAGGAGUACGGCGGCGUCGAGAUGCUCCACGUCCCCUCCGAUCACAUCUGGCGUCCGGAUAUCGUCCUCUAUAACAACGCCGACGGCAACUUCGAGGUGACGCUGGCCACCAAGGCCACGCUGAAUUACACGGGACGCGUCGAGUGGCGACCGCCGGCCAUUUACAAGAGCUCCUGCGAGAUCGACGUGGAGUACUUCCCCUUCGACGAGCAGACCUGCGUCAUGAAGUUCGGCAGCUGGACCUACGACGGCUUUCAGGUGGAUCUGCGGCACAUCGACGAGCUGAACGGCACCAACGUCGUGGAGGUGGGCGUGGAUCUGUCCGAGUUCUACACGUCCGUCGAAUGGGAUAUCCUCGAAGUUCCUGCAGUGCGGAACGAGAAGUUCUAUACGUGCUGCGAUGAGCCAUAUCUGGACAUCACCUUCAACAUCACGAUGCGCCGCAAGACCCUCUUCUACACGGUCAACCUGAUCAUCCCCUGCAUGGGCAUCAGCUUCCUCACCAUCCUCGUGUUCUACCUGCCAUCGGACAGUGGCGAGAAGGUCUCAUUAAGCAUAUCCAUUCUGCUGUCGCUCACUGUGUUCUUCCUGCUCCUGGCGGAAAUCAUUCCGCCCACAUCGCUGGUGGUGCCGCUGCUAGGAAAGUUCGUGCUCUUCACCAUGAUACUGGAUACCUUCAGCAUAUGCGUCACGGUGCUGGUGCUGAACAUCCACUUCCGGUCGCCGCAGACGCACACGAUGGCUCCUUGGGUGCGGACCGUGUUCAUCAACCAGCUGCCCCGCUUCCUGGUCAUGCGGCGUCCGCUGUAUCCGAUCAGCGAGAUGAUCAAAUCCUCGCGCCGCCUGAUGGUGCGCACCUGCAACGGCCUCGAACUGAGGGAUCAAAUACCACCGCUGCCACCGCCGGUGGCCUUGUCUCGGAUGCACCACAGCCCAAAGACGACAUCGCGCAGCACUUCGCCGCACUUGCAGCACCGCGUGCAGACCUACAACCUGAUGGACGAGUGCGGCAUGGGCAUGGGUGGCGGCGGCGGAGGCGCCUCCACCAUCACCGGCCACCUCAGCUCCCUGUAUCCGCCGACCAUGUCGACGGCCAACCAGCAGACCUCGACCACAUCCUCGCUGAUCGACGCCCAGUACCACAAUCAGUACCAGCAGACGGGCGGCUCGCUGCUGGACCAUCCGCUCACGCCCACCAAGUUCCGCCAGAUGACCUCGACCUCCAGCCAGACGGGUCAGAAUGGGGGUGGGGGUCAUGGCCAGGGAGGGAGGGGCGGUGGCCACCUGUACCGACAGCAGUCGAGCUGCUCGGCCAACUUCUCGCCGCUGCCGCAGCACGCCCACCAGGCGCACGCCUCCACCACCACCAGCGAUUUGGGCAUGGCCAAUCCGAAUGUGAUAAAGUCGACGACGACGGUUAACUCGGUGGCCACCGCCUCGACGCUGGCCGAGUCCUGCUGCAGCGGCACCAUCCAGAUCCACCAGGGCAUGGGCGCCGGGGCCGCCUGCCAGUCGUCGGAGCUGCUGCACCACCAGCAGCUGCACCACCACCAGCAGCAGCAGCAGCACCACCAGCAGCACCACCAGCGACCCAGCACCUCAGCAGCGGCGGCGGCGGCAGCGGCAGCGGCCGGCGGACCCAGCACCUCGGCAGCGGCAGCAGCGGCGGCGGCAGCGGCGGCCGCCGGAACGCCACCGCCCCCUCCGCCGCCGGCGGGCGUCUGUGAUAUUCUGCCCGCCUGCCAGCGAGAGGGCGGGCCGCACUGCUGCUCGGGGCGUGGCAACGUGCGCCAGCGGUGGCACACCUGCCCUGAGCUCCACAAGGCCAUGGACGGGGUCACCUACAUCGCGGAUCAGACGCGCAAGGAGGAGGAGAGCACAAGGGUGAAAGAGGACUGGAAGUACGUGGCCAUGGUGCUCGACCGCCUGUUCCUGUGGAUCUUCACAAUAGCCGUGGUCGUCGGCACCGCCGGCAUUAUCCUGCAGGCUCCGACGCUCUACGACACCCGGAUGCCCAUCGACAUCAAGCUAUCGGAGAUCGCCUCGACGACGGCCAAGCCCAAUGUGGCCAGGCCCGUGUUGUAAGCGGAUCGAUGGGUCGGCCUAUCGACAUGUCGAUAGGUCGCUGGACCUAUCGAUGACCCAGUUUUCGGGGGAACUCACACCACACACAGUCUGAAGAAGCCAACAAAAGCAAAACACAAGUAAUGAAUGAAAUUCGCAUUUGUUUUUUCUUUAACAACAAACAAGAGAGGGGGUUAACAAAAAAAAAUCAACCACAAAAAUUGUUCCAAAAAUAACAGAUACGACGACGAGAAUCCAAGUAACUAUAACUAUAAAAUUGUAUUUGUUGUAUACAUAAAAGGUAUAACUAACUAUAAAUAAUUUGUACACUGAUGUUUAAACAGGCAAACGAUGCUAAACAAAACGGUUUUUUUUCUAGUCAACGUAAAUAAACAGAGACAAAAGUGACAAAACAAAAAAAAAAUAAUUAAGUAAAACCAAUUCAACUGAAACGAAGCGCAAAAUAGUAUGCAACAGAUAAUUAAAUACGAUUUAUGGUAAUAAUUGAGAGCGAAAUUAAAUUAGUGAAAUUAAAUUAGCCUAGCCAAACAUCAAGAAUAACGAAAAAAAAGUGUAUUUGUUGAACAAGAAAACGAGGAGAAGGAGAAGAACAUUAGUUAGCUAAGCGAACCAAAAUAAAGGAACAGGAAAGAAGCUAACAAAAAAGGCGAAUAUAUAAAUACAUGUGUGUACACUGAGAGACAAACGGAGAAAAAGAAAAGAAAAUUUCUGAUUUAAACAAAUUGUCUUCUUCAAGAUCCAAGGUCUAAAAAUAAUAUUUAACUGGGGUUACAAAAUUUAAAAUAUUCUUAAUGAAAAAUGUGCUACAACUAACUGUCUGA